AUGCAUCGACACUUUUGCUUGAUUUUUCUGUUGCAGUCAACGAUGGCGCUAUCAUUCCUGGCCGCGCCAAUUUUCCUGAUACUCUCAGUUUUACUGGGAUUCACAAACAACGAGUUCAUAAUCUGUACUGUCGGCGUGGUUUUUCUUUGUACCGGGCUCCACGCGUUCGCAAAUAAUCUUGUGAUCCUGAUCGCCACGAAGCCCUAUCGAAUGGCGAUCUAUCAAUUCGUGCACAGAACGUAUUUGAGGCUACGCCCCUGGGCCGAUCACACGCCAGUGACUGUGAAACCGGUGAAAUGGCAAGCGGCGCUUCGUGUCAUGCACAAAUGGCCCGGACCGCUUCACAUGUUUCAAAAAACUGGUCCGGCUAGUGAUGAACGUCCGGCCGUUGAA